AUGUCGAGUGUGUUGAUCACUGGUGCUUCUCGAGGGCUUGGACUCGAAUUGGUCAAGCAGUACUCUUGCCGUGUGCCUGAUGAUGGCCUGGUGAUUGCUGCUGCCCGAAAUAUGAGUCCCGAAUUAGGAGUGAUUGUCAACCAAGAGGGGAGUCGUGUCGUUUUUGUUGCAGUCGACAUCUCGAAUGAGUCGAGCGUCCUGAAGUCGACACCCACGGUGACAACUCACCUUCGAGGAAAGGGUCUUGACAUCCUGAUCAACAACGCGGGUGUACAUUCGUGGACGGAUGGCGGAGUUUCCCAGAUGUCGGAUCUUGGAUAUCAAUUGAGAGUCAAUGUCACUGGCACACACAACAUGAUAAGAUCAUACUUGCCACUCCUCCAGUCUGCGAACGUGAAGAAAGUAAUCAACAUUUCAAGCCCAUGGGGCUCGACUUCGUCAGCUCGAGACUUUUACUUUGCUCCUUGUCCUGCGUACAAGAUAAGCAAGGCUGCACUGAACUCACUGACUGUCCAGUAUGCUCUUUCUCACGAAGCAGAGGGGUUUACCUUCCUUUCUGUGAAUCCAGGUUGGCUUCGAACGGACAUGGGAGGUAGUGAUGGUGAUCUUUCUGCGGAGGAGGGCGCAAGUGCUGUUGCGGAUCUCGUUGCCAGUGUCGAUACGAGCUCGAACGGAAGUUUUAAGACCAUCUCUGUCUCGGGAUAUGACCAGUAUAGUGGACAGACUAUUCCUUGGUAG